AUGGUGCGCCAAACCAUCGACAAGCCGUGGGCAACGCUCACAAAGUGGACUACAAUGCCAUUCGAUGAUAUGCAGAGGAUGUCCAAUGACAACAGUCGCUACGACGUUCUCGGAAAGUGGCCUGGGCUUCAUCAGAUUGACGAAGCAACAAAGAUCAGCAGAGACGUAUCUGACGACGAAUUGCGUGACUACUGCAUCGAUCGACAAGAUCGAGAAGAUCCCGAUGGCCAAGUCAUGUUCCGCAAGUUCCGCUUUCGACCCCGAUACGUACCUCAACGGGAGCCACGUGAGAUGCAUGCAACAUUCUACGCACUCCUGUCGGACGUGAUCGCAAAGACUAGCGGACAACAGUACUUUGCAAAUCUGCGAGAACCUCACAAGCUACAGAAUGAGCACUUUUACAUUGACCCGAUUGGUGUGAUCAUGAUCGCCGGUGUCAAAAACACAACUGCUUUGACGCUGAAGGUGCUGGUGAGCAACAACAUCGCCUCACCCACAAGGUUUUUCGACAAGCUGACUAAGAACAACGUAGCGAUGAGGACCAACACCGCACCGAGGCAUACCCAUGCGCUUACUCACCUCACAGAAGCCGAGCACAGGGGCGGCUCUCACACUAUCCUUCGCAAUCAAGUUGGGGCCGACGUUCUUCAUCGAUGCGACCUCCUGAACCAUCUGGACCACCACUUGGAAAAGGGGUGGUAUCGCCCGUACGGCUACCGUCAUCACUGGUCUUGGGGUUAUAGGACUGAGUGGAAUGCAGAUGGUGGCGAUUUCUCCAACGGCACCGGUGCCGGUGCUGCAGCAGAUGACGAUAGUGGCUCAGGCACUCGCUCUGAAGAGCAUCCGCAGCAUGAGGCAGCGGGCAACGAGGUCCCAGCAUUCGAUGCCCAGAGCACGGGUGACGAGCUCGGAGUGAGUGCGAGAUCGUACUUGCGCCAGGUGGAUGCCUGGUGCAAAAUCACACGCACGCCUAAGAAUCAGCAGGCUCUACUCCUUUAUCAACACUUGUCGGGCAGAGCAUGGGUUGAAUCAGAAGAGUUGAACGUUGAAUCCUUGGGCGGAGACGGUGGGCUAGCCAUGUUCCGUACUUGGAUACAGGAGAGAUACCUUGAGGUUGAAGUCUCCAAGAUAGCGGAAAGCCUUACAUCGUUCUUCAAGCGCCUGAAGAGACAACAGGGUCAGACCAUCAGGGAGUUCAAUUCUGCAUUUGAUCGGAGUCAUUCCCGACUCUUGGAAAUCGAUUGCAAGUUGCCCGAGGUGGCGAAGGCCUGGGCUUACUUGAGCGCUUUGAGUUUGAGCAGUUCCGAGGAGUUGGCUUUGCUUGCAUCGGUUGGAAAUGAGUACAAUGUUGCCAAGCUUCAGAGUCCCAAGGGUGUCAAGGCUUCCUUCCUCACGGGUGUUGACGAGGGUGAUGAUGAUGAUACCGAGGUGGCUCCCGACGGUGACGAUGAUUGUGUACCAGAAGAAGAAGCUGCGGUAGACGCGGCCACUGGCAUAAGGAUUCCACUGCUACGGCUCAGGAUCUCCACGACAAUGUUCUUUCUGCUACAGCUCCGAUGUCGUUCGGAGAAUCCGUGCUUAGCCUCCGAAAGGAUGACAGAUUGCCCCUGCUGCAAGGAUGACCGCACAAAUCGCGACGAAUUUUGGGAGUUGCACCGGCGGUUGGGUGAAUGCUACCGUGCCGAUGUCUACAGAAGUGCUGGCUUCGGUGAGAGCUCACAGGCUAUGCGCCGAUUUCGCGCAGCUGUCGGAGAGGAUGCGGGAGGUAUCAAGGUGAAGUCGGCUUGGGGCGGCCACGCGCCCGUAGAGCCGCUGCCACCGCGAUCCUUCAAGUCCGUAGGACCCACGCCAGAGCCACCAGACCUGCCUGCGUUUGUUAUGGAAACGUUCCAGCGGCAGAUCAGCAAUCCGGUUUCCAGCAGGUCGAAAGCAAGGUGGAGCGAUCCUGCCUUCAAGGACGACUUUGUCCGCGCUGUGCAGAGGAAGGUCACCUUCGAUGUGCAAAGCGCAAACGCGCCGAGCGAAGCCCGCAAGACGGCAACGCUGACCUCGAAAGACCUUGAGGCGAUGGUCACCGUGAACCCAGAGGAGGCCAUGCACUUCGAACCACGGGAGUACUGGCGGCGGCAGGGCUCUAACCCCCACCUGGCGGCAGCAUCGGCGACGCACAAGGUCUUCAACUCCUCCCGACGACACCGCGGUUUUUCCUCGGUCUCGGUCGGAAGAUCAUCGUGGACUUCUGUCCUCUCCGGUGUGGAAAAUAUCCUCAUUCAUCCGAACGGCCGUUUCCGGUCCAUUUGGAGCUUGUUCGGGAUGCUGUUUCUCACCUGGGACGUGGUCGUCAUUCCUUUGCGCUUCUUCGACAUACCCCGAUCAGCGUUCUCCGAUGUCAUGCUGUGGUUGACACUGGUUUACUGGAAUCUGGACAUCAUCAUCUCCUUCCUCACGGGCUACUACUACAAAGGAAUGCUGGUAAUGCGCUUCAGCAAUGUCGUCUCCAACUACCUAAGAUCAUGGUUCCUGCUUGAUCUCACCGUGGUCUGCGUCGACUGGGCCAUGACGAUAGUGGCCUUAGCGGACGAGGGAGACGGUGCUACCGGUGUGGCGAGGCUUUCGAAGUCCCUCCGUCUGCUUCAUUUCCUUCGCCUGACUCGCGUGGUGCGGAUGAUCAAGACGAAUGCCAUCUUGCGGCACUUCGAAGAGAACACACUCUCCCAGGCCACGAUGACGCAGUACAGCUUGUUCAAAAUUUUGGGCGUGAUGCUUCUGGAGCAACAUGUUAUCGCAUGUUUGUGGUUCGGAGUUGGGUACUUGAACAUGACACCUGGAGCCACGUGGCUGUCUAUGUCGGGACUCCAGCAACAAGACGUCUGGUACCAGUACACUACCUGCCUUCACUGGGCGUUUGCGCAGCUCGGCGUCGGAAAUGUCGAGAUCGAAGCGUACAAUGUGCCAGAAAGGGCGUUUUGCAUCUGUGUGGCCGUCCUCUCACUUAUCACUACGGCGACGCUGGUGAGUACCAUCACGUCCUUGAUGACCGCCUUGGACAAGAAGAGGAAUGACGAGAUGGUUCAGUUCCGGAAUCUACACCGGUUUCUGCGCCACAGUGAAAUCCCGGAGGAGCUCUCCGACCGGAUCACGCGCUUCUUGCAGUAUGCCUACCAUGCCCAAACUGAUUGCACCUCCGAUUCCGAUGUGCCGAUCCUCAAGCUACUCUCCAAGGGCCUGAGAUCGGAGCUCCAGUUCACGCGCUACGAGUCGGCGUUGGAGAAGCUCACGUUCCUGAGGAACCUUAUGUCCAGCGACAAGCAGACGCCACAGGAGGGAAAGGUCCUGCAAUCCUUGGCAACAAAAGCGCUGUACACGGAGAUCCUCCGACAUAAACCACGUCAGUCGGAGACGACGAAACAGGGUAUGAGGGUGGAGUUCGCACAGAACGACGUCGUUUUCUGCCAAGGAGGCAUUGCCGAUGCCGCGUUCCUGGUUCUAAGCGGUCGCUUCCGGUACACGCGGCGGAUGAAGGGCUUCAUUCUCAGCGAUGAGCAGUGGGUAGCUGAAGUUUGCUUGUGGACCCCCUGGCUGUAUGUCGGUGAGAUGGUUGCAAAAGAGAUCGGGAGGUCUGUGGCGGUUGAGGUAGAAGCAUUCUGCGAGUGCAUCGGAGCCGUGUGGGAGAUGCGGCAACAAGCGACAUACUUUGCCCAAAUGGUCGUGGAGGACCUCAACACGCAGCAGGUGGAAGACUUAACGGAUGUGCAGAUCAACGACCUGGAGGCAGACGUCGGGCAUCGCCCUAGCCGUGACCAGCGGAGAGACAGCCGAAUCAGCAGCCUGCUUAGUUGGAACGCCAGCUUAGACCAGCAAGGCAGCUGUCUCCGGUACCUUUGCUGCUGCCGGCGCCAGGGAAGCAGCGUGGAGGACCAUACGGAUGCUGUGGCGCCACUCAGCUAG